CAACAAAAAUAUAUAAAGUAAAUACAUAAAUCAGAAAUAUUUUCUAAUACUAAAAGAUUGAGCGUGAGAGCGGUCGAGAAAGUCGAAACAAGGUCAACGCUCAAACAUGUUGCAACUGCGCUUUGUAUAAAGGAGCGAGCAGGAGAGCGUGCGUGUUGAGCUUGAAGAAACGUGCCCAUUGUGUGCGUGUGUGCGUGUGUGCGUGCGUGAGCGUGCGUGCGUGCGAGCGAGCGAGACAAAGUGCAUUUGUUUCAGCAUACGAUGUCAUCGAUCUCGGCGCAAGGCGUGGUCGAGAGAGCGUCCGCGGAACUAUCGAAACGCAUCAACGGCCUGGGAUUACGCUCAAAACAUCACCAUGGCAGCAGCGACAGUGCCUCCUCCAAUUCGACGUCCAGUGCCACCUCGUCCAGCGGCAAGACCUCAGUAAUGGAGCGCGUUACAAAUGCGCUCUGCGGCGGCGGCAACUCCAACUCCAACUCCAGUUCCAGCUCCAACUCAAACUCUAACCCCAAUUCCAAUAGCAACAGCUCAACCUCCGGCGUAGCCGGCACAGUGAUCAAUCCGCAAACGCCCGACAAGCCGUCGCGAGGUAACCAGAGUUCUACGCCCAGCGCCACGCUCAUCUCCUUGUCCGGAGCGCAACCGCAGGCGCAGCAGUUGGCGUCUGUCAACGUCAAUCCCACAACCCACAAUCCCGCGCAUCUGAUGCAGCAGCAGCAGCAGCAACAGCAGCAACAGCAGCAGCUGCAGGCAAUGGCCGGCUCCACGUUGAUCAACUCGAAUCAUCAUAUGGUCAUGGCGGGUGGUGGUGUGUCCGCGCCGCCCGGCGGCAUGCCGCCGCUGGGUGCACCGCCAACGCCGACGGUCAAAUCGAUUGCCAAGCAAAUGAACAUCACAAUUCCGGCGCCCGGUUCGCCCACCUUCAGUACGAUGGGCAUGGUUGCGGCGCAAAAGGCCACCGCUGGCGGCGGUGGUACUCCGCUUCAGAUGCGCAAACAGCUGCCCAAUCCGCAUCUGCAUCAUCCGUACGGAGUUGUUGUUGUCGCUGCGCAGUCGGUGCCCGGCUCGGCGCAAUCCAAUCAGCUGGCCGCAGCCGUUAACCAAUCCGCGCUAAUCCUGCACAAGCACCCGCCGCACAUCCAGAGCAUCGAUGCCCUGCUGCUCGACGAUCGCUUCCUCAAUCGCUUCUUUCAGUACUUCUCGCCGUACGAGAGACGCGUGCUCGCCCAGGUGUGCAUCAAGUGGCGGGACAUACUGUACCGCAGCCCUCGCUACUGGUCCGGCCUGUUGCCGACACUGCAAUGCCGCGAACUGCGCCAGAUGCCCGCCUGUGAUCGGGGCAAGCUUUACACUUCGCUCAUUCGACGCGGCUUCCAUGCGCUCGGCCUGGUCGGCGCCUCCGAUGAGGAUGCCCUGGACGUAGUGCACUCCUUUCCGCUCGCCUCCAAACAUGUCCAUUCGCUUAGCCUGCGCUGCUCCUCGAUCAGCGAUCGUGGCCUGGAAACGCUGUUGGAUCACUUGCAGAGUCUGUUUGAACUUGAGCUGGCCGGCUGCAAUGAGGUCACCGAAGCGGGCCUCUGGGCCUGCCUGACGCCGCGAAUUGUGUCCUUGUCACUGGCGGACUGCAUCAACAUUGCGGACGAGGCGGUGGGCGCGGUUGCCCAGCUGCUGCCAUCCCUAUACGAGUUCUCGCUUCAGGCUUACCAUGUCACAGAUGCUGCCCUGGGCUACUUCUCACCAAAGCAAAGUCACAGUUUGAGCAUAUUACGCUUACAGUCAUGCUGGGAGCUAACCAAUCAUGGCAUAGUUAAUAUCGUGCACUCCUUGCCGCAUCUAACCGUGCUCAGCCUCUCCGGCUGCAGCAAACUAACCGACGAUGGCGUCGAGCUGAUUGCCGAGAAUCUGCAAAAAUUGCGCGCCCUGGACCUGUCCUGGUGUCCUCGCAUAACGGACGCCUCGCUCGAGUAUAUCGCCUGUGAUCUGAACCAACUGGAGGAAUUGACAUUGGAUAGGUGCGUCCAUAUAACGGACAUCGGAGUUGGUUACAUUUCCACAAUGCUAUCGCUGACCGCCCUCUUCUUGCGCUGGUGCUCCCAGGUGCGUGAUUUUGGGCUGCAACACCUGUGCUCCAUGCGCAAUCUGCAGGUGCUAUCGCUGGCUGGCUGCCCGCUGCUGACGUCAUCCGGCCUGUCCAGCCUCAUCCAGUUGCGUCAUCUGCAGGAGCUGGAGCUGACCAAUUGUCCUGGCGCCUCGCACGAGCUCUUCGAUUACUUGAAAGAGCAUCUGCCACGCUGCUUGAUAAUCGAAUAAUUGAUGGAUUACUUUAUUUGAAUGUGAAUGAAAUGAAACUGAUUUUCUUUAGAUUCAGUUAUUAAGAUGCUAUUUUUUUUUAGAUUGUUAUUUUUAGUCAGCAAGUUCCUUUUGUGCUAUCAAAUCUAUGAACCCUUAUGGUUUUACAAUUCUUUUGUGUUUCUUAUGAUUUUUACUGUGAUUUUAAAUGGAACUCUAAACACAUAUAUAUUUAUAUAUAUAUAUUAAGUUGGGAGCUGUUUAAGGAGCUAUACAAUAAAAGAGCCCAAAUGAUAUUUAUUUACAUACAGUACAAUACCGAGAUGUCGUCUAAUAUUAACAAUUAUUUCUAUUUAUAAUUAUUAUUGUAGUUUUUUAAAUCAAGUUUAAAUUAACCUCACUGUAAUUAACCAUAAAAGAUUGUGCAAACAAAGAAACAAUUUCUAUAGAUAUAUGUGCAUACAUAUAUGCUUGAUAUAUGUAAUUGUAAAUUAACUCUAAGCAUUGCGCCUAAAAGACAUACAAAGAAAAAAAAAAGCGUAUGCAGCAAAAUCAAAAAUAAUGCAAUUUAUUGUUCAAAGCAACAACAUUUCAAAAGAAAAGAAAAAAUACUGAAGUGAAUAUUUAUAGGCAAAAUUGCCAACCAGCUUUAUACUUAGCUCACCUUUGCAGACCCGAACACAAAAACUUUUUAUCAAUUGUACCAUACAAUAACUAUGCUAACAAUGAACCCGCAUUCCCCUACCUCCUAACCCUCUUCAAGAAAAAAA